AUGGUCAAUUUAAACGCAGUUCCACCAAAAAACGGUAGAGACUACUACAUCGCUAUAGGUCUAGAAGGUUCAGCAAAUAAACUUGGUGUAGGUAUCAUCAAACACCCUUUACUGAACAAGCAUGAUGAUGGAGAUUAUUCUCACGACUGCCAAGUAGAGAUUUUAUCCAAUAUAAGAGAUACAUACGUGACACCUCCUGGUGAAGGGUUUCUUCCUCGUGAUACUGCUAGACAUCAUAGAAACUGGUGUGUUCGAUUGAUCAAAAAAGCACUGGAGGAAGCUAAAAUAAUUCAUCCAACUUUAGAUAUAGAUGUCAUUUGUUUCACUAAAGGUCCUGGUAUGGGUGCCCCUUUACAUUCCGUAGUGAUCGCAGCAAGAACUUGUUCAUUGUUAUGGAAUGUGCCAUUGGUAGGAGUUAACCAUUGUGUAGGACACAUUGAAAUGGGAAGAGAAAUUACUAAAGCUAAAAACCCUGUUGUACUAUAUGUAAGUGGUGGUAACACCCAAGUCAUCGCAUACUCCGAAAAACGUUACAGAAUCUUUGGGGAAACUUUGGAUAUAGCCAUUGGUAACUGUUUGGAUAGGUUUGCUAGAACUUUGAAAAUUCCAAAUGAGCCUUCCCCAGGCUAUAAUAUUGAACAAUUGGCCAAACAAUGUUCCAAUAAAGAAAACCUAGUGGAAUUACCAUAUACCGUGAAAGGUAUGGAUUUGUCUAUGAGUGGUAUCCUAGCUUACAUCGACUCUCUAGCCAAAGAUUUAUUUAAAGAAAAUAAAAAGAAUAAGAUCCUUUUUGAUAAAGAGAGCGGUGAACAAAAAGUCACUGUCGAAGACUUGUGUUAUUCAUUACAAGAAAACUUAUUUGCAAUGUUAGUAGAAAUUACAGAAAGAGCAAUGGCUCACGUUAAUUCAGAUCAAGUGUUAAUAGUUGGCGGUGUCGGUUGUAACGUUCGUUUACAAGAAAUGAUGGCUCAGAUGUGUAUAGAUAGAUCAAACAGUAAAGUACAUGCCACUGACAGUAGAUUCUGUAUUGAUAACGGUGUAAUGAUUGCACAGGCUGGGUUACUGCAAUACAGGAUGAAUGAUGUAGUGAAAGAUUUAUCUGAAACUGUUGUGACUCAAAAAUUCAGAACUGAUGAAGUUUUCGUAGAUUGGAGAGAAUAA